AUGGCGGGUUUACAUGCAAGCGACACAAUGCCUAAAAUGGGGCAUGUCACGGAUCUGCGGGAACAGUGGUUGGUACGUACCGAUGGUGCCCUUGCCCACCGUUUGCAAGACCGCGAAAUCUCUUCUCAUCUCUGCGAAAAUAGGUAUCGCAAUCAGCAAAUACGCGAAGAUUUUCCGGUAGCUUUAAGCGAGCAGAGAGGUAUAGAACACGAAGUGCGUUUAAAGGAACUUGCGCGACGUCGUCAAGCCGAAAUUGACGCAGAAAUUGCGCGAGAAAUGGCCGAAAUCAAUCUACGGAAGCAGAGAAGACAACAUAGUGAUGCACUGCAGCAACCGAGCUCAUCUCGCGCGCUGCCUCCAACGUCUCCACUCGACAUUAAUCCUGAAGAGCUAGGUCUCUCUUCCUCAGAGUUAGAGGAGAUGAGAAGACGUUUAGAGCAGGAAGAAAAAGAUGCUCGUUUGGCAAGGGAAUUAAGUCAUAAAGUGGGUAGUGAGGAUAUUCUACUUGCUGAUAUGAAAUGUGCCGUUGAAGCACAAGAUAGUGAACUUGCUCGUUUACUGCAAGAACGAGAAUAUAAAAAGCUACAACGGGCCAAGGAGAAAGCAAAGCAGAAAGCAUUAUUGAAGAAACAACAGCGUCUAGCUCAGCUACAACAGGAACCUCUACCAGAAAUACCUCAAGCGACUCUCUGUGAAGCUUAUAGUAAUCCUCGUGAUGUGAUUCAAGAGAACAGGCUUCGACAGUGUAAAUCUGUAGAUUCAGAUCUGAAUUAUGUAGAGCCAUUUGAAAAGGAAAUUAUACAAUCAAAGGCAAGUGCUAUAUUAUCCAAAGAAAUUUCCAAGCAAUACUAUUCGCAAGACACUGGAUCUACAAGCUUCAAAAUAAACACGUCCCAUAUGCACUCAUCCCUUGCAGAGAAGCCUUUAGCAAGCACCAACUCAUCAAUUCAACAUAGACAACCUCCUCCUCCCCCUGCCACAGGUAAAAAACCAAGGUUUCCUGAUCCAGUAAGUAUCAGGCCUGCUUCUCACUAUCCCACUGAUAAUAUAUUAUCUGGUACGGAUGCCCAACACAGCCCAAUACCUCACAGUCUCAGUGAAAAUAAUAAUUUAUAUGAAUCUACAUUCUCAAGUCAAAAUGAGACAAGUCCACAGCAUUUGAGUUAUGAAAGAGGUGAUCCAUCCAAACGAUUGUCCGUCAUCUCUGAUAUAACAGCAGAGGGAUUGGAAAAGAAGAAAAGGAAGAGGGCAAAAAAGAGUAAGGGAUGUAGGAUACAAUAA